UAAUGAGCUAUCGAGCAGUUAUGCAGCCACCUCGACAGUAGCUCCACAGUAGUAGUCGCUGUAGCUCUUUCACUUUUACUAAAAUCCCUAUUUAAUAUUUUAUUUUAUUUAAGCCAAAUUAGGCCCUUUGUAAGUGCGAAUGUGUUAGUUGUAGCGAGUAGCAGUGUUUUUCAGCACUGUAUGCAAUUGUAGUUGCAUUUUUCCUAUGAAAAUAUUUUGUUCCUGAAGCAGUUACAUUCUCAAGUUUUAAAUUUUUCCGCAUAAACAACAUAACAAGAGACAGUUAAGUACACCGGCCGUCGUUAUGACUGAAAUUGAACAGAAAUUUAAAUUACCCAAGAGGUUCGAAGGUAGUGAACCCAGUGUCUGGGUUGAAUAUAUUCAGUUAGCAUUAGAUUACAAACCAUUGAAUUUGGGGCAGGGCUUUCCUGAUUAUCCACCACCAAAAUAUGUAACCGAUGCCUUAACAGAAGUAGCCUCGAAUAGGAAUUUGCAUCAGUACACCAGAGGAUUUGGUCACCCAAGAUUAGUUCAAGCACUAUCCAAACUAUACUCCAAAUUAAUAGGCCGAGAAAUCAACCCUCAAACAGAAGUUUUAACUACUCUUGGCGCAUACGAAGCGCUUUUUUCAACAAUAACAGGUCAUAUCGAUGAUGGCGACGAAGUUAUCAUUAUCGAACCGUUCUUCGAUUGCUAUGAACCAAUGGUGAAGUAUGCAGGUGGUGUUCCUAGAUAUAUUGCACUAAAACCAAAAAAUACCAAUAAAAGUGUGUUAUCAUCUGCAGAUUUUGUGUUAGACAGAGACGAACUAGAAAAACUUUUUAAUCCUAAAACGAAAGCAAUAAUUUUAAAUACUCCAAAUAAUCCUUUAGGAAAGGUUUUUACGCGAGACGAAUUGACUCAUAUUGCUGACUUGUGUAAGAAACACAAUGUCUUAUGCAUUUCAGACGAGGUUUAUGAAUGGAUGGUAUACAAACCACAUGAGCAUAUUAGGAUAGCUACGUUACCUGGAAUGUGGGAAAGAACAAUUACAAUUGGAUCUGCUGGAAAAACUUUCAGUGUGACAGGAUGGAAAUUAGGAUGGGCAUAUGGACCUGCAAACUUACUAUUUAACUUGCAAAUGAUCCAUCAAAACUCUGUAUACACUGGCUGUACACCAAUUCAGGAAGCUGCUGCUAUAGGAUUUGAAACUGAACUUGCUCGUUUGGGAACGGACGAAUGUUAUUUUGUUUCUAUAUCAAAGGAAUUGGAACCCAAAAAGGAAUUUAUGGCCAAAUUUUUGCAAGAAGCUGGAAUGAAGCCUAUUGUACCAGAGGGUGGUUAUUUCAUGUUGGCCGAUUGGACUCCUCUAGAAUCGAAACUUAAUCUUAGUUCGGAAAAAGACAAAUACAAGGACUACAGAUUCACAAAAUGGAUGACGAAAAAUGUUGGUUUACAAGGAAUUCCACCAACCGCUUUUUACAGUGAAGAACAUAAACCUUUGGGAGAAAAUUUUGUGAGAUAUUGCUUCAUUAAGCAAGAUAAAAAUCUCCAAGCCGCUGCCGAUCUUUUACGCAAUUGGAAGUCUGGCGCCAAAUUAUAAAAAAUCUUUUAAUGUGUACAUAGAAAAUGUUACCUUAUUGAUAUUUGAAAUAUAUUAUAUUUUUACGUUUUA